GCCCAGUACCGCCACGUAUGUAGUCGUCAUUUAUCGCGACAUCCGUUAACACGAGUGCCGUAACCUCUCAUAUAAGAUUCUUUCUCAACAUUACGAUUGUCAUAAUUUUGAAUCGAAAACUCCAAACUAAUAUUUUCCAUUAUGUCGCUGGACGAAAGAUUUAAUGAUGCAGCCAUAGGGGUAAAGGAAUUGGUUGCACAGCCAGAAGACGAAGAUUUACUUGAAUUGUACGCAUUGUACAAGCAAUCCACCAUCGGUGAUUGUAAUACAGAGAGACCGGGUAUGUUGGAUUUCAAAGGAAAAGCGAAAUGGGACGCUUGGAACGGUAAAAAAAGUAUGGGACAAGAAACGGCUAAAGAGCAAUACAUUGCUAAAGUGGAAGCAUUAAUCGCUUCGAUCGGAAAGAAGUAGUUAUCCAUUAUCACAUGUACACACGUACACAUAAGUAUUCACGUAUGAUUUCACUCGAUCACUUACAAAACUUUUUCACUAUCGAUGGAAAGCAUUCAGAAUAUUACGAACGCAUUGUGCGAAUGGUCAUGUACUGUGUAUAGAUACGAUAUCGACUUUCUAUUUAGCAGUUUACACGAUCCAUGCACCCUUUUUUGUUCUAUUCAUUUAUGUAAAUUUUGUAUCCAAUGAUUUAUUGCAAUUAGCAUAAAACUACUUGUCGCAUA